UGCAGAUCGAUUAUUCCUUAGUAAGGUGCACAAGAAAGUUUGACGUAGAGGUAGUUUUUCAUCUAUCAUUUUUAAACAUAAGUUGAAAAAUUUUUUGCCACAACGAAUUUAUUGUUAAUUAGAAAAAUGGGCAAAAGAUUUGAAACCAUGGCUGCAAUGGCCUGCAUGACAACUUUGCUGAUGCUGUUUAACUUUAUUUUUUGGUGUACCGGUAUUGCUAUGCUCUACGUAGGAAUAUGGAUGCGUAUUCAACUACGAGAGUAUGUUGACAUGAGUGUGGAGGGUAGUGGUGCAGCUCUAUUGGGUCUUGCUUGUCUAGGAGCUCUUGUUGUGCUAGCAGCAACCCUUGCAUGUUGUUGUACAGCACGAGGUCGUCCGGCUCUGUUGUACCUGUAUGGAGCAUUUUUAGCAGUGGUAGCUUUGUUAGAAUUGGGAGCUGGUGCAUCCGUCUAUGCUUAUCGUACAACUUUAGUUGAAGGCUUUGAUCAAGGAUUAAAUGAAAGCCUUGCUGCAUAUGGAACUGAUCAAGCUAUGAGUAAUCACAUUGAUGCUAUGCAGUCAACGCUUCAUUGCUGUGGUAAUAGAGCAUACACUGACUGGUUAGACUUGAAACCACCCAAGAAAGUACCAGAGUCUUGUUGCAAACCUGAUCUAGAAGUGUGCAAUGUCAAUGAUGUUAAUAAUAUUUAUGAGGAGGGAUGUUAUAAACGUGUCAUUGAUUUCAUCAACAGUAAUGUGAGUCUUGUAGCUGGAAGUGCUGUGGGAGUGGCAUUUUUCCCACUGAUUGGAGUAUUUUUGGCAUGCUGUUUGGCGAGUAAUAUUAAUAAAGCUAAAUAUGAACAAGUGGCUUAACUCAAUCAAAUUAUCUGUAAUUACUUUGGCAACAUGAUCUUUCUAUCUAUCGAUGUUGUCUCAGUAUCUCAAAUGUAUACUUAUGUCAAUAUUUUAACACUAAUAUUAUUGUGAAUUUAUAUUUUCAAUGCACAGAUAAUAAUUUUGGUGUUUCCAUAUUAUUGUUAAAAAAAAUAAUUUAUCAUUGAUGGCUGUGUCUUGCUAUCGUAGAAAAAAUGUCUUUAUUGUACUUGAAUAUCUCAAAAUGACUGUCAAAUUAUGAAACAUAAGUAAUUCAUUGAAUACAUAGGAAAAUAUGGAAGUAUAUUUUUGAAAAAAUUUAAUACUUAUUACCAAUGUUUUCAUUUACUCUGAAAAGAUUUUUUAAGAUAUCACACAUAAUUAAUAAUAUUUAAUAAUCUUAAUUAAAAAUAGUCACUACAGAAUUAUCUGUUCGUUAUUCUUGAUGAAGUCAUCUACCAAAUGAUCCAUUCUCUGCAGAUACUUAUGCGAAAAUUGAGUGGAAUUUUAAAGCUUCCAAUGAAAAUUAUAUUGUUGUUAACAGUAUUUUCUUGAAUAAUAUUUAGAAUAUAACAAAAUUUGCUACUUACUAUAAUUUUUGACGAAAAUUCACAGAUUAAAUGUAAAGUGAUUAUUCUCCACAAUUUUUAAGCGUUCUGUUGACAGAAAUAUGUGUCUAAUUAUAUUAAUUGAUAAAUUGAUGAUUUUAAGUGAUAUUUAUAAACGGAUAAUAAUUAUUAAGUGUCAUUAUUGUAUAUGUAUUUUAAAAUAUUAAAAUACUUUAAUGUUUCAACUUUGUAAAAGUUUCAGCGCAUGUUAUAUAUUACAAAUAUUAAUUAUCCAUUAAAUAAAUACAUUUUAAAAUCUACAUCUUAUUAAUCCUAGAUCUAAAUAGUUAGAUUUAUAAUUAUUACCUACCCUACUGUGCUUACAUUCUUAUCGGUACGUUUGCUGCACCUUCGUCAAUCACUUUAAAGUGAAGUGGCAAUUUUUGGUAAGCUUAAUUAAUGCUUCAAGAUGAAUUAGACAUUCUGGAUCCUUCAAUCAAAUUGACUCUGAGAUUGUAGAGUAACUUAAUUAAUUAGAAUAAAUUUUUUCAUAUUUUUGCAAUUUUUAACAGGUGUUUUUUAAUUUUAUCAAUAGAAUUAUCUAGUUUUUACG